AAAAAAAAAAAAAAAAACCUGACUUGAAGGUUAAUGUUCAUUGCUGUAGGCAGCCAUUGAAACACUAAUUAAGAGAGCUUUCUAAAAUGUGGGCAAAGCUCAAUCAAUCCUUAUCAGGUGACGAAUACGAUCGAGGAGCAGGAGGAGACGCCUUCUUCGACGAUGAACAAUCUGAUGGCUUGUGUUCUCUCUCUCCCACUCAGAGAAUGUACGGAUUCGCGGCCUGUUUGAUCGCUGGAUUGGCCCUUAUGUUCCUGUCGCUGAUCGUCUUUGCAAAACCAAUCAAGUUUGCAUUGUUAUUCACUAUUGGCAAUGUGUCUGCUGUUGGAAGCACAGCCUUCCUUCUUGGCCCUGUGCAACAAUUGGGAAUGAUGUUUGAUUCUGUCCGAGUUUUCGCAACAGCUAUUUAUCUUGGGUGUGUUGUUUUGGCACUCAUUUGUGCUCUCCUGAUACAUAGCAAGAUUUUAACAAUACUUGCAAUCAUAAUUGAGAUCUUAGCCCUUUUUUGGUAUAGUAUAAGCUAUAUUCCUUUUGCUCGGAGAAUGGUGUCUGAACUGAUGGUCCGUUUAUGCGACACCGAGCUUUAGAUGAUAACACCCUUCAAAGAUGUGUCUUUCACUGCUGAAAGUCCAGAGAUUUUUUCAAACCGGUUUACACUUUUCUUUUUUCCACACAAUUAUGAUUAUUUGAUAUAUAUUUGUGUGUAAUGGGACUUGUAUAUAAGUCUUCAUGUAGUGGUAUCUGCUUUUUCUGUGAUUGGUAAAGGAAUUCAAGUAACAUUUUGUUCCCAGAAUAUGCAGACUUUUCUCUGUUUCUCUUGUAGAAUUCAUUUGGGGACUUUAAUUGUACAAUUUACUUUUGUCUAUAUGGUUAUCAUUUUGGAAUAUCAAACCAUCUAACAUGAUUUAUCAAAU